CUUCGGAAAUGAUGGUCAAAGUGGGUGUCCUGGGAACCGGGGACGACUGCAGCUCGUAACCCAGAAUCCGGUGAGCCGGAUACUUUGCCAAGAGGCUAAAUGGGAGUCUAGCAGGGGAGAUGUGGCAGAGCCCCGGUGCUUGAGAGAGAGAGACAGAUGGAGACGGACAGAGACGGGAGAAUCAGGUAAGGCGGAGAGAUGGACAAAUGCAGAGAGACGCUAAGAAGACGGCAGAGCUAGAUAAACACCGCAAGAUGGCGCGAGACAUGACAAGGAAGAGACCCAUGCCAAUGUCAGUAUGCUUCCACCACACCUUCACGGACCCAAGAUCACCAGGGCUGCAGGCCAGCAUCGAGCACUGCAUACCCAUUGACCACUGUUGGAUUCCCAACUUGCCAGUGUAUUCUCCCUAUGUGCAACAAUAUACCUGUGAGCAUGAGAUCUACCUUUACAGAGCUGAAUCUGGAUCGAGUGUGAGACCUCAGCUGAGACAUGCUUCACACAGCCAGUCACCUGUGGUUUGUGCUAAGAACUCUUGUAUAAGAAGUGCUCACUAUUUACCAAGUCAGAGAGACAUGGUUAUUCGAGCGAGCCUGGCUACUUACUACUCGUACUACUACGAGUGCCUUGUUGGCACACUCUCAUCACCUAGCUCCCACAGCAUAUAAGCGUACAGGCGUACAUGGGUCUGCCUUGCUCCUCGCGCUUGUGGCGUCGU